CCUCCGAAGGGGGAGCAGGAGGCCCCGCCUCCAAACGGCCUCUCCUCGGAGGACCGGGCGUAGGGCGGGGCGGGAGGCCGGGCUGGGUGCAGGGGAAGGGGAGGAGAGGAAGGGCGUGGUCACGUGUGGCUGGCGGCCCGAGGUCACGUGACGGGGUGCAGUUGCUGAGGGAGCCCGGGCUGGGAGUUCUCCUGAGGGAAAAGGAGUGAAGUGGAGGGGACGCGGCGGCGGCGGCGGCGCUGAUAAUGAGUUUUCUUGGAGGCUUUUUUGGUCCAAUUUGUGAGAUUGAUAUUGUCCUUAAUGAUGGAGAAACCAGGAAAAUGGCAGAAAUGAAAACUGAAGAUGGCAAAGUAGAAAAACACUAUCUCUUCUAUGAUGGAGAAUCUGUUUCAGGGAAGGUAAACCUAGCCUUUAAGCAACCUGGAAAGAGGCUAGAGCACCAAGGAAUUAGAAUUGAAUUUGUAGGUCAAAUUGAACUUUUCAAUGACAAGAGUAAUACUCAUGAAUUUGUAAACCUAGUGAAAGAACUAGCUCUACCUGGAGAACUGACUCAGAGCAGAAGUUAUGAUUUUGAAUUUAUGCAAGUUGAAAAGCCAUAUGAAUCUUACAUCGGUGCCAAUGUCCGCUUGAGGUAUUUUCUUAAAGUGACAAUAGUAAGAAGACUGACAGACUUGGUAAAAGAAUAUGAUCUUAUUGUUCACCAGCUUGCCACCUAUCCUGAUGUUAACAACUCUAUUAAGAUGGAAGUGGGCAUUGAAGAUUGUCUACAUAUAGAAUUUGAAUAUAAUAAAUCAAAGUAUCAUUUAAAGGAUGUGAUUGUUGGGAAAAUUUACUUCUUAUUAGUAAGAAUAAAAAUACAACAUAUGGAGUUACAACUGAUCAAAAAAGAGAUCACAGGAAUUGGACCCAGUACCACAACGGAAACAGAAACAAUCGCCAAAUAUGAAAUAAUGGAUGGUGCACCAGUAAAAGGUGAAUCAAUUCCAAUAAGACUAUUUUUAGCAGGAUAUGACCCAACUCCAACAAUGAGAGAUGUGAACAAAAAAUUUUCAGUAAGGUACUUUUUGAAUCUAGUGCUUGUUGAUGAGGAAGACAGAAGGUACUUCAAGCAGCAGGAGAUCAUCUUAUGGAGAAAAGCUCCUGAAAAACUGAGGAAACAGAGAACAAAUUUUCACCAGCGAUUUGAAUCUCCAGAAUCACAGGCAUCUGCUGAACAGCCUGAAAUGUGAACUGAAUAGGAGAAAAAAAGAAAAACAAAAAGCUCCUAUAACCAUUGAGAUUAAGUUCAGCAGGUUAAAGAUGGUUGCAGCACAUAGGGGGGAAAAGGCCAAAUUUCCAUAUAUAUUAGUCUUCCUUUAUAUUAUACAGUGCUGCAUUUAUUUUAUGAUAUAAUGAAAUGUUCUUCAUGUGUAUACAUUUUAAAAAGUGCUUUCUUUGAAACACUGGAACUUUCGUAAGCUGCCUUUUUUUUUUACUGCACACUUUGAUUUGAUGAUAAGCACUCAGAUAUGCAUCAGCAUAAACAUUUAAAGAUUUUCAUGUAAGUAGGCUGGUAUUUGUAAUUUUGCUUUUUUCUGCAUAAUGUUAAUUAGAAAUCCUUUUUUUCUCCCUUUUUAUGCUAAUGAUUACCUCUUAUUCUCUACAUGCAAAAAAAUUAAAUAUUUUGUGUUUAAAUAAAAUUAGAAAACCUGAGUGGCCCUUACGUCCUGCAAAGAUUGAAAACAUGGCAUCUCAAUAUUUUUGAGAACUACAUUUGUUUUUACAUAGGUGUUCUGAAAAAUGCAUACAAAGUGUCUCACUUUGGGUGCUUCUGAGUACCAUUCCAUGGCUUCCUGAAUUUAUCCUCUUUGAAGUCUCCUCUGGUAUGAAUAUUAAAUUUUUUCCCUAAGGGAUUAGGUGGCAUGUUAUUGUGGCUGCCUUUUUAUUUUAUUUUAAUUUUUUGCCAUAUUAAGUCACUGUUUUGCUACUACUUUCCAGUAGUACCACUGUAUGUUUUCUGCAGUGUGGGGUUGACUUAUGUUGGCAUUUUAGAAUUUGUAAAAACUAUUUAAUUUUUCUAUAAAUACUUUGAAAUAUACAUAUAUUUCAAUUUAAAGAAUCUUUUUGCCAUGGGAAUGCAAAUAUCAUUUUCUUCACAAAUUUAUUCUCUUUACUUUUUAGGGGAAAAUUUGGGGAAGGGGGACUCAGGAGGACCUGUGAAGCAUGUCGUUAUCUAGAUCUGGACAACUUCAUGUUUAUCUAACUGGAACUUUGGCUAGUUCAAACUCACAUUUAAACAUCACCCAGGCUUUUAAUUUUUUAAACACUAAAUUCAAGUCAUUUGUUUAGAAGUCUCUAAAAAAGGUUGCAGUCAUCCGUUCAUAUGCAUGGAGUCUGAUCUCAAAUACACUAAAUGUGGACUGUGGGAACCAAAAUGAAGCCUGCUGUAUGGAAACUACUUUAACUUAUAGUUCAUUGGUUUUUGUACCAAUAUUUUUUAUACACUUCAGUGCAAGUUUUGUCAGUUAACCUUACGUUAUGAGUAAGCUAAAUAAUCCAAAUUACAUUUCUUUAAUCCUGUUUUACUACUAUGGCACUUUGAUAAAAUAGUCAGUAACCAACUUCUUUACUGGCAAAACCUUCCAUGUACCGUGUGCUGGAACAUCUAUUUUAAAUGUGGAUAACUAUGAAUGGUAAUGUUUUCCUUCAUGUAAGUGCCUAUUCAGAGUUACAAAAUUUUAAAAUGCCAAAUAUUUUCAUGGUCACUUGCAUGUAGUAAUCUAGAAAAUAUUCAAAGAGAUUUUGAAAACCAGUUGUAUUUAACCAGCCUCAAAUUGUGCAACAUGAUGUAUAAUAAAGAAUUUGAAACAGAAA